CACACGACUCUGAAAAACUGAAAAUGAAUGAAAAAAAAAUGGCGACCAAAUAUCAAAUAUGUAUAAUCUAGAUAGUGUUAGUAAGCUCUCCAACGAACUCAUCCUCCCCAUCACAUAACAUCACUUAAUAUAUCAUCAUGGCUUCAUUUAGGUUCUGUGCUGAAUGCAAUAAUAUGUUGUAUCCUAAGGAAGACAAGGAUGGACAAAGACUUCUUUAUUCAUGUCGUAAUUGUGGGUAUACUGAAUUAGCUGAGAAUCCAAAAGUGUAUAGACAUGAAUUAAUUACUAAUAUUGGGGAAACUGCUGGUGUGGUACAAGAUAUUGGAAGUGAUCCUACUUUACCUCGUUCUAAUAAGGAAUGUCCAAAAUGUAACGAUAAAGAUUGUGUGUUUUUCCAAUCCCAACAAAGAAGAAAAGAUACUUCUAUGAUUUUGUUUUAUGUUUGUUUGAAUUGUAAGAAUGUAUUCCGAGCUUAAAAGAUCAAAAUGGUUAAAUCAGUGGUUGUUGUAUGUUGUUAAGGAAAGUUCCCAUAGAGUGAGGUAGACUUUAGUGUCAUCCUAGUUGUCAUAAUUUUGUAUUAUAGUGUUUAUUAUCCCCCCCUCCCCCCUCAUAAGUUUACGUUUCCUAUUCGUCAUUAUUUUUGUUUAUAAAGUUUUUCAUUUCUUGGUUUUAUACAUUUUUGACAAAUAUAGUCAAAUGUAUAUCUAUUAGUUAUUCAAAAUAAAAAGUUUUAAUAAUAUACAUUUUAUAUUUUAUAUUUUGAAGGUAUUGAUAUGGG